UGUGCUACAUUGUUUAAAGCCUUUACACGACUGAACUAGAGACUCUACGCAUGUAUCGAGUGUCGGUGGGAGGGAGAGAGGAGAAACCUUUGGACAUCCGAUAAGGGAUUGCAAGCGCUGUCGAGGUGAGCCACCAUGACUGCCCUUAGGCAGAGGAAGGGCAGCAAAGGAAGUAAGGAGCCUGGUCCAGAGGUCCUGAACCAGAGGUUCUACCCUUCAGCAGAGCCCCUAGAGAGGACUUCAGACGGCGUAUGGACAUGGAGGACAGUGCUGUGGGUUGCCAUAGGUUGGACUGUGGGAAUUAGUCUUGGCAUGCUGUCCUGCAUCUAUGUGGCUACGCUCCAUGAAAAUGACCUGUGGUUUUCCAACAUUAAGGAAGUUGAGCGUGAAAUCUCCUUUCGGACAGAAUGUGGCCUGUACUACUCGUACUAUAAACAGAUGUUGAGAGCUCCCUCCAUACAGCAAGGUCUUUCAGAGCUCAUCAAUGAUAAUGCCACUGAAUCCAAGAGAACCAUCAACCUCCUGCGACGCAUGAACAUCUAUCAGGAGGUGUUCCUAGGUGUUCUCUAUAGGAUUCUACCCAUACAGGCCUACCUGGAGCCAGUGUAUUUCUAUAUCUACACAGUGUUUUCCCUCCAAGCGGUGUAUGUCAUAGCUCUGUUCAUCACCAGCUGGCUGCUCAGUGGUUCCUGGCUAGCAGGGGCUCUCACUGGAGUCUGGUACAUCCUCAACAGAGUGGACACAACGCGGGUGGAGUUCACCAUCUCGCUCAGGGAGAACUGGUCCCUGCCCUUCUUCGCCCUCCAGAUAGCUGCCAUCACUUGCUACCUGAGGCCUCACCUCAAACCCAUCCAGCAGAAGGUGGUGUUGUGGCUGAUGUUCCUGGCCACGUUGUGUUUCUGCCUCACCUGGCAGUUUAAUCAGUUCAUCCUGCUGGUUCAGGCUCUCAUCAUCUUCACCCUGGACUGUCUGGACCUCAUCUCCACAGAACAGGUGACCUGCCUGUACCUAGUCCAGGUAAGCAGCCUGCUCUCCGUGUGGCUGCUGCAGUUCUGUAACUCCAUGAUCCUAGGCUCUCUGGCUCUCAGCUUCAUUGUGGCCGCUCUCUUUGUCAAGCACUUCCAGAGAGGGCUGAAGACAGGUGGUCUCACAGCGCGGCUGGGAAAGCUGCUCCUUCACACCGUCCUCGUCCUUGCACUAACAUUCACUAUUAAUUAUUUAGCCAAGCAAGCGUUGCAGCUCCGAUCUGACGAACACAUCUUUAAAUUCAUCAAGUCCAAAUUUGGCUUGGGGCCUACCAGAGAUUUCGAUGCCAGUCUUUACCUGUGUGAGGAAGCCUUUGGGCUUCUUCCCUUGGACACGUUUGACCGCUUGGCUGGCACUCUGCUGGCAUACCCUUACCUCGUCACCCUGAUUGUGCUCCUGGUGAUGCUGGCGCUGUUAACACUGGCCAACCUCUGUGAUUCUUCAGCGGUCGGGCGGCCGCCGAAAGGCCGGUUCGAGGAGAGGCCGAUCUGUAUGCGGGCAGAUGUCGCCUACAAUCUGUUACACACCGUCUUCUUCGGCCUCCUGGCGCUCAGCACCAUGAGAAUGAAAUAUCUGUGGACUGGCCAUAUGUGUGCCUUUGCUGCCUAUGGCGUGUGUGGCAAGGAGCUGUGGUCCCUCUGCCUAAACACGAUCCACUGUAACACUAAAACAAAGCUGAGGCUGAUCAGGUACACAGUUCCACUUGCCAUUCUGGGAUUUCUAUGUUGCAAGUUUUGGCCCAAACUGAUGACGGAAGUAUCAGAACUGAGAGAAUUCUACGACCCUGACACCGUUGAGCUGAUGACCUGGAUUAGCUCAAAGACCCCCAAGAAGGCAGUGUUUGCUGGGAGCAUGCAGCUGCUGGCUGGGAUCAAACUGUGCACAGGGAGAGUCCUGACUAACCACCCACACUAUGAAGACCGAGCCCUGAGAGAGAGGACCAGACAGGUGUAUCAGAUCUACGCCCGGCAAUCCCCGGAGGAGGUCCACAGGAUCCUGCGCGCGGCGGGGGCUGAUUUCGUGGUGAUGGAGGACAGCGUCUGCUACGAGAGGAGGCAUGGCCGGGGCUGCAGGCUCCGAGACCUGCUGGACCUGGCCAACGGACACAUCAUGGAUGGCCCCGGGGACAACGACCCAGACUUGGUCCACGCCUCCCAUCCUCGCUUCUGUGAGUCCGUCAAGACAGACGGCCCUGCCUACACAGCCCUCUUCUCCCGCGUGUUCCAAAACAAGACCUUCCACGUCUACAAGCUGAAGAGGGGCAAGAAGAGAGCCAAGGCCGACAGAGAGCCAGUAGCCAUGGAGGAUAAAACCCAGUAAUAAGACCCUGGGUUACCCCAUAAACAACGCCCCACCCACCCAUAUCCAGCCCGCCGCCCAGUCUCCGACUCAGCCUCCUGCUCCCUGCCAAGUCGAUAACCUGAUGACUGCUCUCCGCUCCCUGCUCUCUGGUCUACCCGACUUCAUCUGGAACCAUGGCUGCACUCUCCCACCCGCCGCCCUCCCUCCUUCCAUCCCUCCGUGUGCCACGGCAGCCCGAGGCAGGUAAUCACGUCCGGCUGACACGGCGCUGAUUUGAGCAGCGUCUGAUUGCGGCGGGCGAGCAGAUGAGCACAUGCAUAUCAAACCAGGGCUUUGUGUCAGGAAGCUCAUGUGUAAACAGGAGAGGAGGGAUGACGGCGCAUCACAACAACAUUCACGGCUCCCUCUCGCUUUCACCCAGACUUAAGGCAGAGCAGAGAAGAAAGAGGAGAGGGACCUUUGAGAGGGGGCUGAUUGAAAGCUAGAGCAGCGUGGGUAAUUAUUGCGAAGGCCAGUCUGGUCUCUUUGGUGGCCGGGUCUGCAGCCUGACUGCAUAGCUGCACCCUGUGCCAUUUUCCUUCAUUUUUAUUUUAAAAACUGUGCCAUGUCUCGUCUCCACUUGUUAAUGAGGACUCCUCUUUCGAUACUCUCUCACUCAAACACAAGGUUCUGCAUACGUUGUCAGUUGCGGUGCAUCAAGGGGAAGUGGCAUUCUCAUUGUAAUGCAUAACAGUCAUACCACUGUGAAGAGGAUUUGCUCGUUCAUUCCGUUGCAUUGAAAUUGGAUGUUUAAUUUAGUUGGCUGAUAAAAAAAUUUACGAGGGAGAAGUCUUUCCAUUAUGUUUUCCUAAUAAGUGCAUACUAAUGUAAUGUUGAGCAUUGACAUAGUUCAUUUUCAUAUUUAUUAAUAAUUCAGUUUAGAUGCAUUGGUCAUUUAAAGCAACAGUAUUUGAAUGGAAAUUAAAUGAGAAAAUGUUUAUUAACUGUGUGUAUUCCCUCAACUCAACACCCCAGAAUCAUACAGUAUUCUGUAGAAGGACUGCAUUGUGGGUAAACCAUGACCACUGGUCAAUGUUGAAUUAGGUGAAUGGUUAACCUAUUCAUGGUCACUGGUCUAUGGCUAACAUACAAAUCCAAGUAUUUCGAUUUUUUUUCACAUGUUGGUGCAUUACAACAUGUUGGUGCAUUACAACAUGUUGGUGCAUUACAACAUGUUGGUGCAUUACAACAUGUUGGUGCAUUACAAAAUGGGAUUGAAAUAGAUUUGUCAUUUUCUGUCAUUGAUUUACUUUUUUUUAUACCGAUUUUAAUAAAAAUUAAAUAGCUAAAAUAUAGUUGUUGGAUAAGUAUUCACCCCCCCUUUGUUUAGGCAAGCCUAAAUGAGUUCAGGAGUAACAUUUGGCUUAACAAAUCACUUAAGUUACAUGGACUCACUCUGUAUGAAAUAAUAGUAGUUGACGUGAUUUUUAAUGACUACCCCUUCCUUUGUCCCCCCCUUACGUACAACAUCUGUAAGGUCCCUCAGUCAAGUAUUGAAUUUCAAGCACCGAUUCAACUACAAAGACCAGAGGGGUGUACUACAAAGACCAGAGAGGUGUACUACAAAGACCAGAGGGGUGUACUACAAAGACCAGAGGGGUGUACUACAAAGCAAGCUACAGUAGAUCUACUUAGGGUUUUCUAGAGCUAGCCAGCUUCAGUUACUUUCCCAUUCCAGCUCAGGCUUCCAUCCGACCUACGAUGGGGGAUAUUGCUCGUCCGUCUGCCGCUAACUCGAGCAGGCUUGUAACUGCGUUUGUAUGUCGCACGUGGCUAGUCAAAACACCAGACUUUUCAUUGAGACUGCGUUUGUAUGUCGCACGUGGCUAGUCAAAACACCAGACUUUUCAUUGAGACUGCGUUUGUAUGUCGCACGUGGCUAGUCAAAACACCAGACUUUUCAUUGAGACUGCGUUUGUAUGUCGCACGUGGCUAGUCAAAACACCAGACUUUUCAUUGAGACUGCGUUUGUAUGUCGCACGUGGCUAGUCAAAACACCAGACUUUUCAUUGAGACUGCGUUUGUAUGUCGCACGUGGCUAGUCAAAACACCAGACUUUUCAUUGAGACUGCGUUUGUAUGUCGCACGUGGCUAGUCAAAACACCAGACUUUUCAUUGAGACUGCGUUUGUAUGUCGCACGUGGCUAGUCAAAACACCAGACUUUUCAUUGAGACUGCGUUUGUAUGUCGCACGUGGCUAGUCAAAACACCAGACUUUUCAUUGAGACUGCGUUUGUAUGUCGCACGUGGCUAGUCAAAACACCAGACUUUUCAUUGAGACUGCGUUUGUAUGUCGCACGUGGCUAGUCAAAACACCAGACUUUUCAUUGGGACUGCGUUUGUAUGUCGCACGUGGCUAGUCAAAACACCAUACUUUUCAUUGGGACGGCGUUUGUAUGUCGCACGUGGCUAGUCAAAACACCAGACUUUUCAUUGAGACUGCGUUUGUAUGUCGCACGUGGCUAGUCAAAACACCAGACUUUUCAUUGAGACUGCGUUUGUAUGUCGCACGUGGCUAGUCAAAACACCAGACUUUUCAUUGAGACUGCGUUUGUAUGUCGCACGUGGCUAGUCAAAACACCAGACUUUUCAUUGAGACUGCUUUUGUAUGUCGCACGUGGCUAGUCAAAACACCAGACUUUUCAUUGAGACUGCGUUUGUAUGUCGCACGUGGCUAGUCAAAACACCAGACUUUUCAUUGAGACUGCGUUUGUAUGUCGCACGUGGCUAGUCAAAACACCAGACUUUUCAUUGAGACUGCGUUUGUAUGUCGCAUGUGGCUAGUCAAAACACCAGACUUUUCAUUGGGACUGCGUUUGUAUGUCGCACGUGGCUAGUCAAAACACCAGACUUUUCAUUGGGACAAUUCUGAAACAUCAAGCCAUGGGAAAAACAAAUUGAAAGAAAAGUUGUCUAGCAAAUUCAGCAGGUUUUAGUGUGAAAUAGACUGUUAGAAGUGCUGUCUGUAUUUUAUUACUUGGGUGUGGUUAUUAACACACAAAUACCUUUUCCCCCCACUCCUAUUGAUAAAAUAAUUGUAUGAAGUCAUAAAUGUUUUACUGUGCGUGAAGUUUCAAAAUCAUUUGUCAUUACUACAUUUGUAAUGUAAUAGGUAUUUUUAAUAUGGUCACACUUUAUUUGGAUAGUCCAGAUAGUCUCAUCUGUAGAUGCUCUACAGAUGGUCAUACUGUCAAUAUGCUAUCAAGGUCAUACUAUCUGUUGUUAAGCAACUGUGGUUACGGUUUGGUUUAUGCUAUGGUUAGGGUUAUGUUAGGGUAAGGGAUAGGGAUAGGGCUAGAGUCAUUAGAUCGUUUAAAUGUUACAGCUGCUCUACAAACACCCCCCCCCCC